AUGGAGUUGACCGCGGACAUCAUCAAACGCCGAAGCGGUCACUAUGACGUGAGUUUGGUCGCGCUACUAGACGUCUCGGAAAUGAAGAUACGCCGAAUAGCCCAACUCGAGUCUUGCGUGAACCUUCUUGAGCUCAACUUGGCCCACAAUGAGCUACGGUCACUGGAAGAACUACCAUCACUGCCAUUGCUGCGUUGUCUUCACCUUUCCAACAACCAACUCACUUCCCUUGACACUCUACCUCGCUUGCCAGCACUGGAAGAACUAUCAGUUGCAAACAACCAAAUCAGAAGCAUCGACUUCGUCGAGCUGGCAGCCAAGUUACCCAGUCUUCGUGUUCUCGACUUUAGAGGCAAUCCUCUCGACUGUAGUGCCAGCGCGAAGGCAUCAAAGGCGUUUCCAGAUCUGUUCAUUCUAAAUGGCGAGACUCUCAUAUUUACCAGACUCCUCGAAGAGAUCACUAUGGACGAUAUCAGCAAGUCUCCCGUAACAGAAGAAGGCCCCGUCGAAGCCUGCAUCGAGCUCGAUGACGAGGCUGGAGAGUCAAAGGACGAAGCAAUCAAAGUAGACGAGUUCAUAAACGAAAGCACAAGGCACCUCGAAGAAUUGUUGCAGCAAUGCAAGCAGACGCUGGCAAUGACUGAGCCAGAGCUAAUAUUUCCAGCAUCACAAAGCUCAUAAAAAAAUGGCUACACACAAGUAGCACGCAAAAAAAUGAUACGAGCCCUACUUAGGAAUACCAACACCAUUAACUGAAAAUAUGAGAGUCGAGUAGUAUCACUCCUUGGCGAAUAAAAACAUCCUCAGCCAUCACACCCG